AUGUAUGUAAUGCUCUUCGUUGUUCCUGUUGAACUCAAGGUUAGCAUUGAAUUCAUUCUAAUCUGUGGAUGUGGUGAAAGCGUCACCGUUCCUAAUUUAAAUAAACCCCCUGAUAACAAGUGUGCACUCCGAGUUCCCAAGACCACGUUGGGUACCGGUCGCGUAUCAGCGGGAAUCUUUAAGCCUGAGGCAACUACAGGGAAAAGGAGAGUGAAGAGGAAAGGGUACUACGCUCUUUCCAAAGAGUAUAUUGUGGCGAAAAAACUUUUGUCCAAAGUGUCCUGUUCCUCUGAAAAGCCGUCUUCCGGACUUCACAUCAUGGGCAAUGAGAUCAGACUUACACCUUCAGCUGGAGAUCUGCAAGUCGAUUCAAAUAAGAGCAAAGGUGAUAAACAGAGACCCGUAAAAAGAAUUCCAGACUUAAAGAACUCAAAGUUAAAAUUUCCUCAAAAGGCUACUGAAGGAAAAGUUAAUGAGAAAUUGCUAAACUCAGGUAGGAAAAUGGAGGUGAAAGAUAAUGAAAGUGUUGAUGUGAAUUCCGAAGAUGACGACGACAAGGAAGAAACGCAUCUCGAAGACAAUGAACAGUUUUCAGACGCUGAUGAUGCAAAUUCCAGCUGUGGAACCCCUGAUCCUCAAUAUGAAUAUCAUGACAUCGAUGUCUCCGCAACCAAAUUUGAACUUGAAGAACUCUUGAAAAGUCACGGAAGAUUUUUUCCUGAAUGGAAAGAGAUUCCUGGUUUAGGCAUUCAAAUAAACCUACCUGAAGAAGACACUGAUGAAAAGGAGAAGGACGAAAUUUUUGAAGGUAUAUUCAAUGAAGCGAAGCAGACAUCUUCUAUACCCGACCGGUACCUAAUCGCAGCCCGGAAUGUGUAUAGUGCUCUGGACUAUGCUAUUCAUCGAUCAGAGAAGAUGGUUGCUUAUCCAGAUCUCAUCAACGCUAGUGGACCUGGUUUUCGCGAACAUCUUCACUCGCCCUUGCUUCUCUGUGAUCCGACUCUGGUUCCUCCGGUUAGCAGUCAUGAAGGCUGCAAAGUGGAGUCUGAUCCUCUGAAUGUCUGCAGUCCUUUAGUUUGUUUAACUAUGGACGAUGUAAGAAGAGUGGUGGAUGGCGAUGAUCUUAUCGAUCGUGUGGUCUUUGAUUUGGACGAGUUGAUCACGCAGGAAAAAAGUGACGGUUCUCGUAACGGUGGAGUCGUUUUAAAUAAUUCGGAUGAACUUCUGUAA